GCCUGCCCCUGGGUUUGCGAGGACGCUGAUCAGCCCCAGCGCUGCGGGGCCACGGCAGCCAAGGGGAGAAGGAGAACCACGCACGCAGCCGGAGCGAGUGGAACUCGCAAAGUUCCAUCGGUCCACGGAGCGGGGAAGAGGUACGGCCGAGGCGAGCGAGUCAGCGCCUUCACGCUGGGUGCUUUAGCACCCGGCUGCAGUGCCUUCUCGCAAAAACCAGAGCGGCCCCUGCUGCAGCGGCCAGACGGAUGCCAAGACCACACCGCAGGCGCGGGGGCAGCCGCUGCAGUCGCCGUCCUACGCGGGGUCCAGACCUCAGACAUCAGGGUUUGCUGAUGAAGUGAUUGAGAAGAAACAGUGACCACCUUCACUCUGUACACAGGACACCAUGGAUCAGCCAUUUACUGUGAAUUCCCUGAAAAAGUUAGCUGCCAUGCCUGACCACACAGAUGUUUCCCUCAGCCCGGAGGAGCGCGUCCGAGCCCUAAGCAAGCUUGGAUGCAAUAUCUCCAUCAAUGAAGAUAUCACCCCGCGCCGCUACUUCAGAUCCGGGGUAGAAAUGGAGAGGAUGGCCUCUGUGUAUCUGGAAGAAGGAAACUUGGAAAACGCCUAUGUUCUUUAUAAUAAGUUUAUAACCUUGUUUGUAGAAAAGCUUCCCAGCCAUCGAGAUUACCAGCAAUGUGCAGUACCCGAAAAGCAGGACAUUAUGAAGAAACUGAAGGAGAUUGCAUUUCCAAGGACAGAUGAAUUGAAAAAGGACCUUUUAAAGAAAUAUAACAUAGAAUACCAAGAAUAUAUGCAAGGCAAAAACAAACUGGGUAAAGCCGAAUUUCUCAAAAACUGGGAACAUCAGCGAUUGAUAGAGGCAGAAAGGAAGCGGAUCGCUCAGAUGCGCCAGCAACAGCUAGAAACGGAACAGUUUCUGUUUUUUGAAGAUCAACUGAAAAAGCAAGAAUUAGCCCGAGGUCAGAUGCGAAGCCAGGAAACCCCAGGGCUGUGCGACCAGAUUGAUGGGAAUGCUUUGUCCUGCUUCCCCACCCACCAAAACAAUUCCUUGCUGAAUGUAUUUGCGGAUCAACCACAUAAAAGUGAUGUAACCAAUUAUACUAGCCACUCUCCUCCGGUCAACAGGGCCUUAAAGCCAGCUGCUACUCUAAGUGCUGUUCAGAAUUUAGUGGUUGAAGGACUGCGAUGUGUAGUUUUAUCAAGAGAUCUUUGCCACAAAUUUCUGCAGCUGGCAGAAUCUAAUACAGUGAGAGGAAUAGAAACCUGUGGGAUACUGUGUGGAAAACUGACACAUAACGAGUUUACUAUUACCCACGUAAUUGUGCCAAAGCAGUCCGCAGGACCAGACUACUGCGACAUGGAGAACGUGGAAGAACUAUUCUGUGUUCAGGAUCAGCACGAUCUCCUCACUCUGGGGUGGAUCCAUACGCAUCCAACCCAAACCGCCUUCUUAUCCAGUGUUGAUCUUCAUACUCACUGUUCCUAUCAGCUCAUGUUGCCAGAGGCGAUUGCCAUUGUGUGUUCACCGAAGCAUAAAGACACUGGCAUCUUCAGGCUCACCAACGCCGGCAUGCUUGAGGUCUCCGCAUGUAAAAAGAAAGGCUUUCAUCCACACACCAAGGAACCAAGGCUGUUCAGUGUAUGCAAACAUGUGUUGGUAAAAGACAUAAAAAUAAUUGUGCUGGAUCUGAGGUGAUAUGUUCUGAAGAUUAUUAGCACCAUCAAUACCAGACACCUGCCCAUGGACGUUGGUUGCUGGAUUUUCUUAAGAUGUUUCCGGAAAUGACUAAUAUUUUAUAUUUAUACGUUUUAGAUCAGAAAGUUUGAUAUUUAUUGCUUUUGCACAUUUUGAAGUUUUCUUUUGGGUUGCUCUGUCUCAAGAGUGGUCACAAUGAUGUUAAAUCAGUACCUAUUA